GGCGGAGCGACUGCUCAUUGCGCCUGGGCCGGAGCCGGAAACGUAGAGGGACGGCUCCGGCAGCGCGAGGAGCCGGGUGUCGUUUCAGGUAUUGUCUACCAGGAUGUCAUCUUCCUAGGUGGCGAGAAGCCUGAAAAAUGUCGUUACAAUUAGGAAUCAUGCCAGGAUGGGAAAUGUCUCUUUACUUGUUUCUUUCCUUUGGCUUUCAUUUUUAUUCUUUCUAUGAAGUCUUCCAAACCUCCCGAGAAUAUGAAGAGGAACUUGAUAGAGAAUUUGAGCUGGAAAUUGAUUCACUGUUUGGAGGAUUUAGAAAGGAUCCGAUGGAUUUUGAAUGGUGUUUUUGGAUGGAAUGGGGUAAAGGAUACAUACUGUGGCUUCUCUUUGGUCACCUUGCAGUAUCGCAGAUGUCCAGCCUUUACAUGGAGAAGUGCAAACCCUGGUUUCUGAUGGCCUAUGGUAUGGUAGCCUGUUGGUUUCUGCUGGAUACCAAUGGUUUGGCAGUGAUUUUUCUGCAUGUAAUUGUUACAUACAUAGUGGCUCAAUUUAAGAGCCCAGUUCUCACAUGGCUGAGCUCGUUGCUUCUGCUGUCAACUUUGCAUGUGCCUGCCCUGGAAGAAAUAAAGAGAGGCUGGUAUGCCAGUGAAAGUGAAUACUACUUGCUUCUUUUCACCCUGACUGUCCGCUGCCUGUAUUAUACAAGCUUUGGUCUAGAAUACUGCUGGUACAGGCCUACCAAGAUGACACAUCACCCAUUCCUUUGGAUGCUGGCUUACGUGUUCUAUUAUCCUGUCUUUCAUAAUGGACCCAUUAUCACCUUUGAUGAAUUUUACAACCAGAUUUCUGACCUGCUCUUCACUGUGAGGUACCAGAUGAAUAAACAAGAAUCCUGCCGUUUGAAGUUUAACCUCUGGAUUUUCAUCUGUGGAUCCAUUCGCAUUUUGUUAUGGUGGUGGCUGACAGAGUUGAUGAUUCAUUUUAUGUACAUACAUGCCAUCUGCAGCAGUCCUUCACAUCUGGAAGCAGCGACCUACUGGACCUUAGGUGGUCUGGCAUUGGCUCAAGUCCUCUUUUUUUAUGUGAAAUAUCUUGUUCUUUUUGGUGUUCCUGCACUUGUUAUUCAAAUGGAUGGGCUGAACCCUCCUGACUUACCUCGCUGUGUAAGCACCAUGUACAGCUUUUCUGGGAUGUGGAGAAGUUUUGAUGUUGGACUACAUAGGUUUCUUAUCAGGUAUAUUUACAUCCCAAUGGGAGGAUCCCACUGCAGCAUGUUUAAGAUGUUGCUGUCCACAGCAAUCACAUUUGCUUUUGUAAGCUAUUGGCAUGGUGGUCAUAGCUACCUUUGGUCCUGGGCUCUACUUAAUUGGCUUGGAGUAGCUGCCGAAAAUGGAGUGAAGAGGCUGGUUUCUCUUCCAGUUGUCUGUGAUUUAAUCAACCAUUUUUUGUCCCCGAGAGGUUCUCGUCGACUCCAUGCAGCUCUGGCAUCUAUAUCUACCACAUGGCUGAUUUUCUCUAACCUUAUCUUUCUCGGAGGGAACCACGUUGGCAGAAUCUACUGGAACAGGAUCUUCAUAGAAGGCUGGCCCUGGGCAACACUCUCUGUUUUUGGAUUCCUGUAUUGCUGCUCUCAUAUCGGGAUUGAAUGGCAACAUACCCACUCCAGGCAUUAGCAGUUACCGGAAGGGAUGCCAUCCAGGCCUCUAAUGAAGUGACCUUUUAAUAUAUGAAUUGUACACUUUCUCAGGAUACACAACCAGCAUCCCAAUAUGCGCCUUUUUGUCUGGGGGUGUAUGAAUUCCUUGUCAGUAUGCAAUUGCCAAAACCAAUUCUGGAAGUCAUUGUAAGAUACAUCAUUUUUAAAAAAAUCAAUGCAAACUUUUUAAAAUGUAUUUGUCAGGAUGCUAUUUAUAUAUCAAAACCAUUUGAAGAUGUAUUUUUAAUAUGGAUCUAUGGGGAUAUAUAAUCUGGGAAUGGCUGUGAUCCAGCCAAAGGUAAGUAUUUUAAGGCUGCAAUCCUUUGGUCCCAACAGGGCAUAGGACAAGGAAGUUCAUCUGCCUUUGUUCACCCUGCUCCCUUUUGGGGGGGGGGAAUUGCCCUGCAUUGACUAAAAACUACAACGGUGUGCUAGCACCAUCUCUGCACCCCUCACCCCAAAACUCCCACGAGUUUCUAAAACCCUUUGGUAUUAGAAAUUUUGACGAGAAGGCCGUUUUUGCAGUCAUUUGGUCUUUUUUGUUUUUGUUGCAUGUUGGAAGGCAAGAAUGGGCAGUGUCUGGCUGACUGUGAGUUGGCGCACACGACAUGCUAAGCCAAGCAUGGGUGUAGUUGUUUUUGCUGCCAUGCCAUGCUGCACUUAGCCAGAUUUUGUCUGAUCAUCAGGAAACACUUCCUAACUGUUAGAGCAGCACAACAGUGGAAUCAGUUACCUAGGGAGGUGAUGGGCUCUCCAACACUGGAGGCCUUCAAGAGGCAGCUGGACAGCCAUCUGUCAGCUAUGCUUUAAGUUGGAUUCCUGCAUUGAGCAGGGGGUUGGACUCGAUGGCCUUAUGGGCCCCUUCUAAUUCCACGGUCCUAUGAUUCUAAGAUUUGGGUAGCAUGUCUUGGAGUGGCAGUGCUACAUUUUAAGGACAGAUUAUUUCCAGGCCUGUAAAGAACCUUGUUUUUUAAACAAUGUUAACGUUUUGUUGUUUGAAUUUUUGUGCACUGUAUUCUUUUCUGAUGUGUAUUUUGUAUGUGUGUUUAUUUUAUUAUUCUGUGAGCCGCCUUGAGGGCCUUUGGCCAAAAGGCGGCAUAGAAAUAGAAUAAAUAAAUGUCAUUCAAACCGGGACUCACGGUUGAGCUCUCUCUUCACUAGGGAUCAAAGGAUCUGUCAGUUUGGGUUCUCUCACUUUCUCAUCUUUCCAAUUUUAAAUUCAGUUCUCUACAUUUCUGCAGCAAUUUGCAAUUUUAAAAAAAUCCUUAUGAAAAUUAAAUUAAGGAUUAU